AUGACACCCGAAGGCCACCUUCGAAGCGUCAAAGCUAUUCGAGACAAAAGAAGAAGAAUAACAAAGCUCGACUUCGUUCAUUCUUCAUCUUCAUUCAAAUUUGAACAACACAGGACACAGGACAUGGAAGAAAAAAGUCGAAAGUUGAAAGUUGAAGACGAAGAAGAACAGCUUCAACUUCAGCUUCAAACGAGCAGCAGAACAGACAUUGAUACCCUUGAAGAACGCCCUCACAGCACCACUUUGCAGCUGCAGACGACUCGAAGAACUCGCAGAAUCCAAAAAGCAAGAGCCACGUUCCGAGAAGUCGAGAACAAUUACACACCAGGGUCGCCAAACAUGGCGAGCUCCGACGCCGCGCAGACCGACCCUCUACUCGCACUCAAACGAGCUCUGAGCUCCUCCUCCAGCGGCCCAGUGCUGACGAACUCACCCGAACUAUCGACAGAGCAUGCAACAGAUGACAUCUCCAAGGCGACACACCUGUACCUGACACAGCCGAUAGCACAGAGCAUACCGCUCUCGACGCCGACGCGGUUCGUCUCGGCGGCCGCAGACCAGGCCAUUGACCUACGAAGCAUCUACUUUGCGUGGCUGAAGAAAGACGUGGCUAUACCGGAGUACAUUGCAUCAGCGCAGGAAGUGAACGAUGCGCUGGGCUCUGCGGGAAAAGUGCUGAAUCUGGUGUUUGUGGAGAAAGUCGACUUGAUCAGUUGGCUGGAGGGAGCGUCUGACGAGAGCGAGUACAUUAAGCCGCUUGAAGGGAAAGAGGCGGGAGAAGCAGCGGGCGAAGCAGGCGACGCUGCUGCUCCGGCUGGUCCUGCAGCUGUAUCCGCGAAAGAGGCAGCAGAUGUAGCUGCGUCAAGCGUGCCGGCCAAAGCAGCUGCUGGAGCCGUUGGAGCCGGACCUUCCACGAGCCGGGCCGGCAAGACUGUUGAUGCGCGGUUACAAGCUAUAUAUAACGGCGAGCGCAAGCUGGGAGACAGAAACACGGUGCUACGAGGCAUCAAGCCGACGGACUUCUCACAUAUUCGCAAGACAGCCGAGCUGUUCCUGGGCCGCAACAGGAGCCGAGCCGCCGUGUCGUCGAAGGGCGGCAAACCCACACCCACGCCGGGACCAGGCAGCAUCCCGAAAAAGCCACUUGACCCAACAGCCACGCCCUCGGGGACAUCCUCUGCCUCGUCAUCGUCCCGCCGGCCCAACCCGAUCAUCCUGGUGUCGCCAUCCGCCUCCUCCCUACUACGCAUGUCGAAUAUCAAAACCUUCCUGACAGAAGGCAUCUACAUCCCGCCCGACCAUCCUUCGCUCGCCAAAUCCACCAACUCCAACCUACUACAUCUCUCGCGCGCCCUACAGACGAUACCCGACACUUCUCGGUCUGCCACGGCGCCUGCCGGUGCAGGAGUAACUGCCGGAGCCGCCAACACGCUCCGCAAGCCCACGCUGUUCAUUCUGGUCGAUAGCACCGCGGACUUCAAGCCGGAUUACUGGAACCGCGUGGUAGCCGUGUUCACGACGGGCCAGACAUGGCAGUUCAAGUCGUACAAGUGGUCGACGCCGCAGGAGCUGUUCAAGCAUGCGACGGGCAUCCACGUCGGCUGGCGAGGCGAGGAGCCGCCGCGGGAGGUGAAAGGGUGGGGGAGAGGGGUGCGCAGCUUCGCGAUCGACCGGUGGGAUGAGAAGAGCGCAAAUGUCCCUGGGGGAGGGGCGAGAUGGAGAGACCGUGGCGUGGUGGAGGGUAUCUGGUCUGCGAUUGAAGAGGGCAUGAGGGCUCGAGGAUGGCAGGCAGGCAACUAUUUCUGUAUCUUUUAUAACUUUGUGUACCUGUUCUUGUUCGGUGGGUUUGGUUUUGUGCAUGCAUGUAUAUGUACCGUUACUUUUCCCAUCAUCUCAGUCAUCAUUAGAAGCCCGUUCUGGCGUACUUACAUAGCUGCAGUAAGUAUGUAUGUUAGGUAUGUACCUAUAGCAGGAUCUGAUUAUUAUAUACCGCAUCCGACGCCUGGCGUGAUGUCCACAUGGCAAGCAGCAAAGGGGGGCCCCAGCCAGCCAACGAGAAGAAGCAAAAAAGGGGGUGUUGCAAGUGCCGAGUUUGCGAGCCAUGAGGCCCCAGAAGAAGCAAAGAGAGCAGAACAUGGGUUUUUCCUUUAUUUUUCCUUUUUCUUUUCCUGGGCUGCUAUCGAUCGUCGGCGAUCGCAAGCCGAGGCUGGAAAAGUUAACCUUGGGGUGUUGCGAAUAAGAAAAGAAGAAGAAGAAGAGAGAGAGAGAGAAGCGUAUGUAAGAGUAUUACGGUUACAGCCCAGCCCAGCCAGCCCAGUCAACCCCCAGUCACCUCGGAGAGCCAGUAAGGUGGUGUGGACUUGGGUUGAGGAAUAUAGCCCGCCUUUUGCCGCGUUGGAGAUGGAAGAGAAAAACACAAGUAGACAAAAAGACAGUAGUAGGAAGGAGAAAGAGAAGCGGGAGGAAGAGAGGAAGAGAGGAGGAACAGGAGGGAUGCAGACAAAUGAAAAAAAAAAAGAGAAAGAAGAAGGUGAUAUAACGACCAAAUCGCUCAAGGGUCAGAAGUCUAUGAAGAAGAUAAGAAGAAGGAUAUAA